UCAUUGUAGACUCGUUCGAACGUCCCACCCUUUUCUCUCUCCGAAUCAUUCGCAAAUUCGUCUCUUUUUCUCCCUUUUCUGCUUUGCUUGUUCAAAAAGGCAAUUCUUCCUCUCUCCUCCUCCGUUUUCUUCCAUUUAUUUAUGCUUCCUGUUCCAGAUUUUUCAAUUCCUUAAGCCCAUACAGAUUCGAUUUCCUGUUGAUCAUGUCGUUUUUCAGAGGUCUUUCAACUCUCUCAAAGCUUCGUUCUCGUUCAGGACAGCAAUCAUGUCUAAGCAAUUCCUUGAGAUGGAUUCAGAUGCAGAGUUCUUCUGGCCUUGACCUACGUUCAGAGUUAGCAGAACUGAUUCCUGAACAACAGGAACGGCUGAAGAAGAUAAAGAAAGAAUAUGGAAAUGUUGAGCUAGGGAAAAUUAAUGUUGACAUGGUAUUGGGUGGAAUGAGAGGAAUGACUGGUUUACUUUGGGAACCUUCCUUACUUGACCCAGAAGAGGGCAUUCGGUUCAGGGGUUUGUCUAUACCCGAGUGUCAAAAGGUUUUACCCGCUGCAAUUCCAGGUGGAGAGCCAUUGCCUGAAGGUCUUCUUUGGCUUCUUUUAACCGGAAAGGUUCCAAGCAAAGAUCAAGUAGAUGCUUUGUCAGCAGAAUUGCGAACACGAGCUUCAGUCCCAGACCACGUGUACAAAACAAUUGAUGCUCUACCAAUUACUGCUCAUCCGAUGACUCAAUUUGCUACUGGAAUUAUGGCCCUUCAGGUUCAGAGCGAAUUUCAGAAGGCAUAUGAGAAAGGGAUCCACAAAUCAAAAUUUUGGGAGCCAACAUAUGAGGACUGCCUUACUUUGAUCGCUCAAGUUCCUGUUGUUGCAGCUUAUGUUUACCGAAGGAUGUAUAAGAAUGGACAAAUGAUACCAGUUGAUGACUCCCUUGAUUAUGGAGGGAAUUUCGCACAGAUGUUGGGAUUUGACAGCCCCGAAAUGCUUGAGCUGAUGCGGCUUUAUGUCACAAUUCACAGUGAUCAUGAAGGUGGAAAUGUUAGCGCACAUACUGGUCAUCUGGUUGGAAGUGCACUUUCAGAUCCUUACCUUUCAUUUGCAGCUGCUUUAAAUGGAUUGGCUGGCCCACUUCAUGGAUUAGCCAACCAGGAAGUCCUGCUAUGGAUUAAAAAGGUUGUAGAUGAAUGUGGUGAGAACAUCUCCACUGAGCAGUUGAAAGAGUAUGUUUGGAAGACAUUAAACAGCGGCAAGGUUGUUCCUGGAUUUGGUCACGGGGUUCUCAGGAAGACAGAUCCAAGAUACACUUGCCAGAGAGAAUUUGCGUUGAAACACUUACCGGAAGAUCCACUUUUCCAAUUGGUGUCGAAGUUGUACGAUGUGGUGCCUCCUAUUCUAACAGAGCUUGGAAAGGUUAAGAAUCCAUGGCCGAAUGUUGACGCUCAUAGUGGAGUUUUGUUGAACUACUAUGGCUUGACGGAAGCAAGGUAUUAUACAGUUCUAUUUGGGGUAUCUAGGAGUAUCGGAAUUUGCUCACAGUUAAUAUGGGACCGAGCUCUUGGUUUGGCACUAGAAAGGCCAAAGAGUGUAACAAUGGAAUGGCUUGAGAAGUUCUGUAAGAAAGCAACAUAAUAAUACUGGUGUGGUGGUAAAUUAACUUGUUAUUGUUCUUAACAAGUUUACAAAUAAGUUAGUUUAGUGUAGAAAGUAUCCUUUCGGAAAUGAAAGGAGAGUGAGGACUGAGGAGUUUUAGGACGAGUAUUCGUUAUCUCUUGCAACAUACAUAAAGUGUUGCAUUUUGUAAUUUGCACAUGUAACACACAAUCAUGGAUCUUGAAAACACGAGAAUUGAAGAGUUUGAAUGUGAGAAAGAAAUAAACAUUUUUGCAGGUA